GUCAUUUUGAGUAUUUUGACUUUAACAUAACCUAAAAAUUUCGACGAAAAUCCUAACACAAUAAAUAAAGAUUACAAAAUAAAAUGUCUAAGGUGACGAAUUUAAUAAAUUUUGUAGCAAAAAGGAGCAUAUCCUUAUCAGCUCCUAGGGAAGGCAAGCGAAACUUUAGGAAAUUCGUGAUCCCUAACAAGAGAGGUUCAAGAUUGCAUCGGUUGCAGCAGCAGACUGAAAAUAGACAGUUAGACAUUGAUAAGCGAGGAGUUCGCGAUACAGGGUAUUAUUUGGAUGGCCGCUUUGUUACCGUACCUGAAAUGAUACCCGAACUUAUCGUACCCGACUUGAAAGAUUUUGAUUUGAAGCCGUAUGUGUCGUACAAAGCUGCUGAUGUUAUUCAAAGCGAGUUCACUCCCGAACAACUGUUUGACGCUGUGUACAGUAAGAAGAUCGUUACAGACUUCAAGCAGGGCAAACUAGAUGAAGAAGGAUUCCCUCUGGAGCCAUCAGAGGAUGAGAAAUUACAGCCUGAUGAAGCUGUCCGCAGAGCUAAGAGAACCGGCUCAGAUAUAUUUUGAAACAUUGUAGUACUUGUGUAGUCUAGCUUUAAAUAGAUAAGAUUAUUGAAUAAAUCCUAUUAAUUUGUUGUC